AUGAAAAUCCACCCUGUCUUCCACAUAUCACUACUCAAGCCGUACUUCCACGACGAGACAACACCAGAGCGGCAAGAGACUCAGCUGCGACCGCCCCCAAUUAUCAAUGAUGAUGUCUACCUGGUAGACAGGCUGCUACGCAAGCGCACCAUCACUGAGGGCGGGCGGCAGCUGGCGCAGUACUUAGUCCUCUGGCAAGCUCAGGAAGCUGUGAUUGCUGAACAGCGCGAGCGGAUUGUGCUGCUUGAAUUCCUACGGGGCAGCACCGCACGAGCACCUGCCUCCAAGCGGCAGCGCCUCACCGCCGACGCCACCGCCACCGGCAGCGGCGCGCCCACCGGCGACGCAUCCGACGCCACGGAGGACGCGGCCUGA